AUGGCUUCAAAUACUAGGAAGAGGAGUGAGGAUGCUUCUUUGGAAAUCUCUACGAAAAGAUUACGAAUCGAUGCCUCAAGUGCUCUGCCAGUGGCAGACUUACUCAAUGAUGAUAAUGAUGAUGAAUAUCGCCAAAAGCAAGAUGAUCUCUCCGAAGACGAUACUGUGGAAGCAGCAGAUACUCCUAAUACUCCUAAUACACCAUUUUCUCCCGCACCUGGAAAGAAAUUCCCAUCCGAAUAUAAGACGAUAAAAUGUACUCAUGACGGGUGUGUAAAGACGUUUAAUCGACCUGCAAGAUUAGCAGCACAUCUCCGAUCACAUGCGAAUGAACGACCAUUUGUAUGUACCUAUGAAGGAUGUGACAAGGCAUACAUUGAGGAGAAACAUUUGAAGCAACAUAUCAAGGGAUCUCACACGCACGAGCGACAAUAUACAUGCGAUUGGGAAGGAUGUGGUAAGAGUUUCUUGACGGCUACGAGGCUGAGACGGCAUAGAGAUGCUCAUGAAGGUCAUGAAAGAUUUCGAUGCACAUCUCAUCCUCCGUGCAACCAAACAUUUCGAAAACAUCAGACGCUUCAACGACAUAUUCGCUCCGAUCAUCUAGAUUUGGCACCAUUUCCAUGCACACAUGUUGAUCCGAUUACGAAUGAACUUUGCAAGGCAGGAUUUGAUGCUUCGGGUGGACUCAAAAAACAUAUGGAGAGAACUCAUGGAGUAGCAACAUUUCUCUGUGAAGAAUGUACAUUACCAGGAAAAUUCCACGAAGACGGUACCCCUGUACCUCUUGCUUUUACCACCUAUGCAAAACUACAAACACAUAUCAAAAAAGAACAUGCAAAUUGUAUGUUCUGUGAUCGAAAAUGUUCUAGUCAACAACUGCUACAAAAGCAUAUUGAAACUCAACACUCGGGUAGUACACUCGAAGAACGCAAAAAUAUCCCCUGUGAAUAUCCUGGUUGUCCGAAAACUUUCACCAAAAGAGCAAAUCUACAAGUUCAUAUGCGUACUGUCCACGAUGGUCAACGUUUUAUCUGUGGAACAUUCGACGUCUCCCAAACUCCUGAUCUUGCAUCCUGGGAUGGAAGCGAUUCAUGCGGUAAAGAUUUCGUCUCGAAAGUCAACCUUGAAGAUCAUGUCCGAACUCUUCAUCUCAGCUUACCGAGUCUCUUAAAUUCCAAAGGUAGACGCAAUAACGGUUCACAACCAAGACGUUCUUCGAGAAAGAUUCCUGAACAAACCGAGAUUGAAGAAUUAGCGGGCUAUGAUGCGAGGAGGACGAUUGAUUGUGUGGUUCAAGGAUGUCCACAUAAGUUUAUGAGGGAAUAUGAUUUCCAUGAGCAUAUGAGAAUCAAUCAUCAGGAUAUUAAUCUUUUGGACGGCGAGGAUGAUAUGAACAUACAUAUGGACAUGGAUAUGGACAUGAUGGGAGACUUCACGUACACGAAUACUGGCGAAUUACCUAGUCUGGAUUUCAUGAACGACAACACGAAUAUGGAUUUGAACGGGCUAGAUGUGGGCAUGGAUGUGGGCAUGGAUAUGAUAGAUCCUGCUUUACAACUCGAUGCACUCAAUCCACAAGAUGCAUCAGUGACGGAAUCAGCGGCAGUCUCAUUAGCACCUUCGAUCAAUAAAUUGGAUGAUGCAGAAGCAGCAGAGGAAGAAGCGGAUAUAGAUAUAGAUUGGGAAUUCCAUCGACGAGCAUUAGAGGGAGGACAAUUUUGGGUUGGAGGGGAUGGGGAUGGAGAUGGACAACAGGUUCCUGAAGGGGUGGAGUGGCAGAAGGAACAGGUGGAGAUGAGGAGGUUGAUUGAUGGUGAUGGGGAGGUGUUGGAGUGA